AUUCUUGGGAUUAAGUUCGAACUGCCUAUUGGAGAAACUCAUCGAUGUGCUGGAGAAGAACCAAAAUUAAAACGUGAAAUAUAUGAAAUUAUCAGCUCCACAAAUUUCUGGACCAAUAUCUAUCAUCUGCUUCAUAUCCUCUGGCCUUAUUGCACUAUUUUGAAUAUCUUACAAUCUGACAAAGCACGAUUACAUCAAGUUAUUACAAGUUUGGGUUAUCUUGUUCAAGUUUGGAAAAAUUAUGAUGAUGAGCAACUUAGGAAUCAACUUAUAUCAUGA